CCGCCUCACGCUUACUCCACUUCCGGCUCCGAGUUCCUAUGCUUGUGCGGCGUGCGUUUCCUUAGAUUAUGAAUGAUUACAUAUGUUAAUGCGCUUUAGAGUAUUCAAAAUAAAACGUAACCGUGCAGUAGCGUUAAAUAAAUCCCGAACAGGCCGUUGUGUGUUGGUGUUGUGGGUGAGAGGAAAGCCUGCGGCUGGCCAGGCGUAGAGCAAGCGCGGCAUCAUGAAGCUAACAGACAAUGUCCUGCGGAGUUUCAGGGUCGCUAAGGUUUUUCGAGAGAAUUCUGACAAAAUCAACUGCUUUGACUUCAGCUCGAAUGGCGAGACGGUGAUAUCGAGCAGCGACGAUGAUUCUAUCGUCUUAUAUGACUGCCAGGAGGGAAAACCGAAGCGAACCCUCUACAGUAAAAAGUAUGGGGUGGACCUCAUCAGAUACACACACGCCGCCAAUACAGUCGUCUACAGCUCCAACAAGAUAGACGACACUAUACGGUACUUGUCACUUCAUGACAAUAAGUACAUUCGGUACUUUCCUGGACAUAAUAAGAGGGUUGUUGCAUUGUCUAUGUCACCUGUUGAUGAUACAUUCAUCUCUGGCUCCUUGGAUAAAACAAUCAGGCUGUGGGAUCUUCGCUCUCCUAAUUGUCAGGGUUUAAUGCAUCUACAGGGGAAGCCGGUGUGUUCGUUUGAUCCUGAGGGUCUUAUAUUCGCUGCAGGAGUCAAUUCGGAGAUGGUCAAACUCUACGACCUGCGCUCAUUCGACAAAGGCCCAUUUGCUACAUUCAAGCUACAGUAUGAUCGUUCAUGUGAGUGGACAGGCCUCAAGUUCAGCAACGAUGGUAAACUCAUCCUGAUCUCCAGCAACGGUGGAACUCUCAGGUUGCUCGAUGCGUUUAAAGGGGCUGUGCUGCAUUCGUUCUCGGGCUACAACAACAGCAAAGGCGUGGCUGAAGCCUCCUUCACCCCAGACUCUCAGUUUGUCAUGAUUGGCUCUGAGGAUGGGAAAAUCCAUGUAUGGAAUGCUGAAAGUGGAAUGAAGGUAGCACUGUUGGAUGGGAAACACACCGGGCCUGUCACCUGCCUACAGUUUAAUCCAAAAUUUAUGACCUUUGCCAGCGCCUGUUCUAACAUGGCAUUCUGGCUACCAACAAUCGAUGACUAAUGAUGAAACUGCACUAAAGAAGAGUUUGAAUCUGUGUUGUGGUUCAGCUGAUGGCAGCGUUUAUACUGCCUCUGGAUCACUGGGACAGAUUUUUGUGGACUGUAAAUAGGCUGAGCAUGAGGCCAUGUUCUAUUUUUUGUUAAUUUUUUUUACCUGUAUCAUUAAACCAUGUUCUUUCGAAAAAUCUU